CUUUUUUGUGGCAACAGAUAUCUAGGCAAGUCCAGUGUGGACACAGAAGACUUUAUGGGAAUGUUUUGGACCAGAUUUCCACUCUAGAAGCUAUCACCCUAAAGAGAGGGGAAACUGCAGAGGAAAAUGAGAAGGAAUGGUCAAAGAAGUAGAAGAAUAAGGAGAAGGUAAAGGGAGAAAGAUCCGAGAGUGACAAGAAUGGAAAACAUUUCAAAGAGGUCAAGAACUUCAGAUGCUGUGGUUGUGAUUAGCGGUCAUGAAGAGUAACCUCUCUCCUGGAAGUGAGUCACUGAGUUCUUGUGAGUCCUGUGAGUCCUGUAAGUGAGUCCUGUAAGGUUACACCUUCCCUUGGAUAAAGGAGAGCCAGUUGGGUCUUUGUCUUCUGAGGAUCAUGAUUUUGACCCCACUGCUGAGAUGUUGGUCCAUGACUAUGAUGAUGAAAGAACUCUUGAAGAAGAGGAAAUGAUGGAUGAGGGUAAAAACUUCAGUUCUGAAAUUGAAGAUUUAGAAAAGGAAGGAAACAUGCCUCUAGAAGAUUUACUGGCUUUCUAUGGCUAUGAACCUACAAUUCCAGCAGUGCCAAAUUCCAGUGCAAAUAGCUCCCCAAGUGAACUUGCUGAUGAACUACCAGACAUGACACUAGACAAAGAGGAAAUCGCAAAAGACCUAUUGUCCGGUGAUGAUGAGGAAACUCAGUCUUCUGCAGAUGACUUGACACCAUCUGUGACUUCCCAUGAAACUUCCGAUUUCUUCCCUAGGCCUUUACGAUCAAAUACUACAUGUGAUGGAGAUAAGGAAUCAGAAGUUGAAGAUGUUGAAACAGACAGUGGUAACUCACCUGAAGAUUUGAGGAAAGAAAUAAUGAUCGGUUUACAAUACCAGGCAGAGAUUCCCCCUUACCUUGGAGAGUACAAUGGUGAUGAGAAAGUAUAUGAAAAUGAAGACCAGCUACUUUGGCGUCCUGGUGUGGUUCUGGAGAGCAAAGUUAAGGAGUACCUCGUUGAGACCUCAUUAAGAACUGGAAAUGAAAAAGUAGUGGAUAGGGGGAUAUCUGCAGGAACACACACAAGGGACAAUGAACAGGCAUUAUAUGAACUUCUUAGGUGUAACCAUAAUAUAAAGGAGGCAAUUGAAAGGUACUGCUGCAAUGGAAAGGCAUCUCAAGAAGGAAUGACUGCAUGGACGGAAGAAGAAUGCCGGAGCUUUGAACAUGCACUCAUGCUUUUUGGAAAAGAUUUUCAUCUUAUACAGAAGAAUAAGGUGAGAACUAGAACAGUUGCUGAAUGUGUAGCAUUCUACUAUAUGUGGAAGAAAUCUGAACGUUAUGAUUACUUCGCUCAACAGACAAGAUUUGGAAAGAAACGAUAUAACCAUCACCCUGGAGUUACGGACUAUAUGGAUCGUUUGGUAGAUGAAACAGAAGCUCUGGGAGGGACAGUAAAUUCUUCAGCCUUAACUUCUAAUCGACCUGAGCCUCUUCCUGAUCAGCAGCUGAACAUUCUCAAUUCUUUCACUGCCAGUGACUUGACAGCUUUGACCAACAGUGUAGCAACCGUCUGCAACCCCACGGAUGUUAAUUGUUUGGAUGAUAGCUUUCCUCCAUUGGGCAACGCACCCCGUGGACAAGUAAAUCAUGUGCCUGUCGUAACGGAAGAGUUACUCACCCUGCCUAGCAACGGAGAAAGUGAUUGUUUUAAUUUAUUUGAGACUGGAUUUUAUCACUCAGAGCUAAACCCCAUGAACAUGUGCAGUGAAGAGUCAGAAAGACCAGCAAAGAGAUUGAAAAUGGGCAUUGCUGUUCCUGAAUCCUUUAUGAAUGAAGUUUCUGUAAAUAAUUUGGGUGUGGACUUUGAAAAUCACACACAUCACAUCACCAGUGCCAAAAUGGCCGUCUCUGUGGCUGACUUUGGCAGUCUGUCUGCCAGUGAGACCAAUGCUUUCAUCAGUGCCCAUGCUCUACAUCAGCACGCUGCCCUUCACUCUGAGUAAUGCGAGUGAGGAGCUCAGACUGUAGGUGUGCAGCACCAGUAAACUUGAGGAAAGGAUCAGGUUUGCUUAGUCUUUCACUGGAAGUUUGAACCUUUUUCACUAUGACAUCAGUGAUGUCAGUAUGUAUAGAACUAUAUCUUGAUUUAUCAAGAGUAUUUUCAUUUUUCAAUCCAUAAAUGUGGAAAUGAACUAUGAUCAGCAGAGUUGGGAACUAAGAUUGAACUCUGUGGUGCAGCUUUAAGCUCUGCUUAUCUCUUCCUCAUCCCCCAGUACCUCUUCUCCACUCCCUUCUUUUUCUAUUCUUUUCUGUUCCCCGCUGCCCUCACUCCCAAUUUUAAAACCUGUAGACAGAGGCCACCGGCUCAAAACCAGCACAGAUGUUCUGAACUGAAUGGAGUGGCUUCUUUUCGUGUAAAUUCCUUUUGCCGUAAUGGAUGCAGUGGAAUAACAAUGUUUACAGGUACCAAUCCCAAUCCCUGCUCAAUGUAGCAUUUUUUGGUUUUAUUUUCUUAAUUAAAUACAAGCAGGGGUAGGUUUCUUUAAACUGCACAAACAUGCAAGGGUGUUUUUUUUUUUAAUGGAAACUUCUCUCAUGUUAUUCAACUAGAGCACUUCAGUUUACAAAACAGCAAGUCCAUCUUUAUGGAAGCCAGCACGAGGAACUGCGUGCAGAUUAUGAAGACGCUUGCUUGGAUCCUGUAUCAAAAUUCUAGACCAGGGCUACCUUACACAGAAUCAUUUUACUGUGGAAAGAGUUCUGUGUACCUUCAUUGAUUGGCUAAAAUUUUGGCUUUUAAGAUGUGGUAUUCAGAUGGGGUUUUGUCCACCAUUGUCAAGAUUAUAAUUGUAAAAAUCAUACUGGUCAUUGAUAAUUAAUUUAUCCUGAGGCAACUGACUUGCAGGACACAAUCUACAAAGCCUAGGAUGUUGCCACUCAAUGGUUUACAUUUUGGGAUACUUCUUAAGUUGUUUGUAGCACUGCAGUUCAAAGUGUUAAUAUUUUGGAGGGACUUCUAGAUUUUACACUUAAUGCAGUAGAACCUUGAAGUAUAUUUAAACUUUUUUGUUUAGCUUGAACAGUUGGCAAGAAAAAUGUGAGUUUCUGUCUAUUGAAAUAGAAUGGUACUUUACCACUUUUAAGUUUUAAAAAGUGAUAGACGUUCAGAUGCAUCUCAAACUCAGUUUUAUUUUUAUUCCAGACAUUGUGAAUGAGAAGCCAUUGUCAUAAACUUUGGCCAUUUUUGCUUUUAUAGAUAUGCAUCUUUAAGUUAAAGGUGAAUUCACACGAUAUGUAAUACAGUAUUAGGAUGUAAUAAGCUUUGCUUUUAUAGUUCAGUUACAGUGGAAUUUUGCCUUUUUUUUUUUUU